UCUCCCUUUAUUCAUUUUCAUCCUCUCUCUCUCACAGAUGGCUGGACUUUUAGGAUAUAGGAGCCUUCCACCCAAGGCAAAGAAUUUGGUAGUUGCUGGGGGUUUGACAGCUUUUGUCUUUGGUGCCUACUUCUACACCAUGAGGGCUGUUGGAGGCACUGAUGAA